GGGGGGCUGCGGGCAGGGCGGGGGGUGUGUGCACGCUCGAGCUUUCGGGCCACAGCCACCGCCGCGCGAGCUAGAAGCGCCCUAGCCCGGCAAGCUGGCUCACCCGCUGGCCACCCAGCACAGCCCGCUGGCCCCUCUCCUGCAGCCCAUCUGGCGGAGCGGCGGCGGCGGCGGCGGAGGCAGGAGGAUGGCUUCAGAACUGGCAAUGAACAAUUCCGACCUGCCCACCAGUCCCCUGGCCAUGGAAUAUGUUAAUGACUUCGAUCUGAUGAAGUUUGAAGUGAAAAAGGAACCGGUGGAGACCGACCGCAUCAUCAGCCAGUGUGGCCGUCUCAUCGCCGGGGGCUCGCUGUCCUCCACCCCCAUGAGCACGCCCUGCAGCUCGGUGCCCCCGUCCCCCAGCUUCUCGGCGCCCAGCCCGGGCUCGGGCAGCGAACAGAAGGCGCACCUGGAAGACUACUACUGGAUGACCGGCUACCCGCAGCAGCUCAACCCCGAGGCGCUGGGCUUCAGCCCGGAGGACGCGGUCGAGGCGCUCAUCAGCAACAGCCACCAGCUCCAGGGUGGCUUCGAUGGCUACGCGCGGGGAGCCCAGCAGCUGGCCGCGGCGGCGGGGGCCGGCGCCAGCGCCUCCCUGGAUGCCGCGGGCGGCCUGCACUUCGACGACCGCUUCUCGGACGAGCAGUUGGUGACCAUGUCGGUGCGCGAGCUGAACCGGCAGCUGCGCGGGGUCAGCAAGGAGGAGGUGAUCCGACUGAAGCAGAAGAGGCGGACCCUGAAAAACCGCGGCUAUGCCCAGUCCUGCCGCUUCAAGAGGGUGCAGCAGAGACACGUCCUGGAGUCGGAGAAGAACCAGCUGCUGCAGCAGGUCGACCACCUCAAGCAGGAGAUCUCCAGGCUGGUGCGCGAAAGGGACGCCUACAAGGAGAAAUACGAGAAGUUGGUGAGCAGCGGGUUCCGAGAAAACGGCUCCAGCAGCGACAACCCGUCCUCUCCCGAAUUUUUCAUAGAAGACAGUCUGCUUAUUCGCCCCUUGUUGCGUGCACACAAACAAGGUUUUAUUUUCUGAGAUUGGAAACUAUUUUUUACAAAGGUACCUUGGACACACUUGCACCCAGGAUGUCAGUGCAUGUGACGAACAUCUUGGAGCCCGAAGCACCUGAGCAGGGGCUUAUCUGGAUCUCUCCCUUUCAAAGAAGAAGAAAAUACACAGAAGGGGCCCUCAAUGAGUACCCUGGCAUGCGUGGAAAUGGACCGUCAUGACGUAGGACAUUAUUUUCUUAAGCAGACACUGUGGGAUUUAACGAAGAUGUUUCGCUUUGAACUGCUUUAGCUACAGAGAUUAUGAGAAAUAUUAAAAUGCAUACUUCAAGAGCCAGUGACAUUUAAUAUGUGUUAGGGCCACAUGGAGGCCACACCUGUUUGUCGGAGUUGGAAUAAACAUCUGUGCGCUCAAACAUCUCACCCAGCCACUUAGAGACUUGAAGGAUGUGAAGAGAAGCUGCUGGGGAACAGCGGUCUCCCAGGAGACAGAACCAAUGUCAUCUUCAGUCCUUUAAACAAGCCCAGCAGCAGGAACUUGCAUCCCUUAUAAAGAAGUGGAGGGUACUGGGCACGAAGCAAUGUAGGGGCCAGGUGACCAUUUAGUAUAAUCUUGCUUAGGUGUCUACCGUGCCACUUCCUCCCCAGUUAGUCUGUCCCCAGCCUUCCUGGGUCACACACUCCAGCCUUUAGCCUCAAUUUGUACUGUAAGAACCCAAGCAUCCUCGCCUUGGCCUCUUCUCCUGAGCAGGGUCAAGUGUGGCUCAGAGGAAAGAACAUAUAACGUGAUUAGCAUCUGGAGGUCCAGAGCCAUGAUUUCUCACGGUCUUGGCCCCCAAGGACCCUUGUUGGUCUCCAAACAAAGGAUUCUGUACUUUGAUUUUAGGAACCAAUAGCAAAGGCUUUCCCUCUCAAAAAUAAUGAUCGCCAUUCCGGCCGCAGUUUGAAACGUAAUUGAUGACACAUCUCCUUAAAACUCUGUAAUGUGUAAGGAGUCACUCAGGACCCUGCUGGGCACUGAAGAUAAAUCGGUGUUGGUAAAUCACGCCAACGAAAGCCCUGUUGAAUACAAGUUGUCAGAGAAAUCGGCACUGGUACUGAAAAGAAUACAAUUUCCACAUCUUGAAGAUAGGAAUUGUCCCUCAAAGAGGAGCAUAAAGGAUUAAAUAUGGUAAUAUAUGUAAAGCACUUGGAUUAAAUAUGUUAAUGUAUGUAAAACACCUGCACUGGGUAAAUACCCCCACCAUGUUCGGCAGUGGACAAUGUUACAUGGGAUGAAAUUCUGACCUUGACACUUAACAAGCCUUGGUUUACGUUAGAAUGACUUUGUGAUUACGGUCUUGAACUCCCCUCCCCCCCCUUUGCUUUAAAAUAAAUGAUUUCAAAAUCAGAAAACGGAGGUUGGUAUAGAACAAUAGCUUAUGGCUAUUCUUUUAUUAAAAAUCCCAUCACCCCUAAAAAUAUAAAAUCAUUGUGCUUUGGGGAGCUCUCUGCUCAAAUAAUUUAGGAAGAUUGUGUGUUAAAGAUUUAAUAUUGCUGUCAUCCAUCUCUGAGCUUUUAUAUGCUAAUAUGUAUGCCCCGUAUACAUAUUAUACUAACACAGAUGGCAUGCAGUAUUUUCCAAACUUGUGUGAACAUGGACCCUGAUUUUUAAACAACCAUUUCCUGUAAAUAGCGUUGUGCUGGGGCAAUUUUGAAAAAGAAACGAUGGUUUGCCUAAAGUAUUAAAGUCCUGACAUUUCUUUCAUUUA